AUGGAUGGGAAGUUACUUCUUACGGACGAGCAAACAAAGUGGUUUCUUGAGAUGGAAUCUGCUGGUGAAGAUGGUGUGAAGGUUGUUGAAAUGACGACAAAGGACUUAGAAUAUUACAUAAACUUAGUUGAUGAAGCAGUGGGAGAGUUUGAGAGGGUUGACUCCAAUUUUGAAAGAAAUUCUACUGUGGCUAAAAUGCUAUUAACCAGCAUCACAUGCUACAAAGAAAUGCUGGAUUCUGAUGGUACCAUUACUGUAGAGGAGCAGAUUGUCCUUGUGCUGGAAGCUAAAGUACAGUGUGAACUCAACAUCACAGCUCAGCUCCAGGAAGGAGAAGGAAAUUGUUUGCCAGAAUGGGAUGGGCUCAUCUGUUGGCCCAGAGGAAGAGCAGGGAAAACAUUAGCUGUCCCAUGCCCUCCUUAUAUUUAUGAUUUUAAUCAUAAAGGAGUUGCUUUCCGACAUUGUAACCACAAUGGAACAUGGGAUUUUAUGUACAGUUCAAAUAAAACAUGGGUUAAUUAUUCAGAUUGCCUUCGCUUUCUGCAGCCAGAUCUCAGCACAGGAAAGAACAUUUUGGAAUGGGAACUUGAGAAAGCACAUGAUUGGCAUUUGAUAUGUGAUCCACAGCAGCUAUCAUGGCUCACCAAUUUCAAAAGGUUUCCAGCAGCAUUUGUUGCAGCCUGGGCUGUGACACGAGCCACUCUGGCUGAUGCAAGAUGCUGGGAGCUUAGUGCUGGCAACAUCAGAUGGAUUUAUCAAGCCCCAAUUUUAGCAGCUAUUGGGCUGAAUUUCAUUCUGUUUCUGAAUACAGUUAGAGUUCUGGCUACCAAAAUUUGGGAGACCAAUGCAGUUGGACAUGACACGAGAAAGCAAUACAGGAAACUGGCCAAAUCAACCCUGGUCCUGGUGCUGGUCUUUGGAGUGCAUUACAUCGUGUUCGUGUGCCUGCCCCACUCCUUCCGGGGGCUCGGCUGGGAGGUCCGGAUGCACUGUGAGCUGUUCUUCAACUCCUUUCAGGGUUUCUUUGUGUCCAUCAUCUACUGCUACUGCAAUGGAGAGGUUCAGUCAGAAGUGAAGAAGAUGUGGAGCCGGUGGAACCUCUCUGUCAACUGGAAAAGGACGCCUCCGUGCAGCGGCCACAGGUACGGCUCGGUGCUCACCACCCUGACCCACAGCACCAGCAGCCAGUCGCAGGUGGCAGCCAGCACUCGCCUGGUGCUCAUCUCCAGCAAAGCGACCAAGAUGGCCAGUCGGCAGCCUGACAGCCAUGUGACUUUACCUGGUUAUGUCUGGAAUAAUUCGGAGCAGGACCGCCUGCCACACUUGAUCCAUGAGGAGACCAAGGAAGGUAACGGGAGCCAGGGAGAUGAGAUUCCCUUGGAGGAGUCUUCCAGACCGUUGGAAUUUAACCCAGACCCUGAAGGAAGCAAAAGAGAAACCGAGGAUGUUCUCUGAAUGAACACCUUUAGCUCUAAAGAGCUGGUCCUUUGGGUUGUGUGAGAGAAGCUUAGCUGGUGUUCCUGGGCUUGAGCCCCUGAGCUGAAAAUUCAGGGUUCAAGUGUGACUUCCCAGAAGUUUCCAGACUCCAUAAACUGGUUCUAUGAAAAAAGAGACAUGUCAAUGGAAUAAUUUAUUACCUUAUUUUGGCAUCAAAUGCUCUUCUAAAUUGAUCUGUGAUACUUUGUGAUUGUUCAUUUUUCUGCGCUUUUGGGUGGAAAAACUUUCAAUUGCUUGGUUCUGGUUUUCCCCCAUAGAUAUUACUCUAAGUAUGCUGGAGACCAUUUAGCAUGUGUCAUUUCCCCUUUCAGAGAUUGGUGUUCUCCUUUUCUCUUUCUUUUUUAAAUGUAUGGUACUUCUAUUGUUGUGUAUGUUUUGCCUGUGCAUAGGAGCACUUAUGGGUUGAAAAUACAUGUUGAAAGGUUAAUCUAAGAACAAGCACACACUGGAAAAUACGUUGGCUGGACUUUUGAUGAAAUAAUAAAUUUGUGGCAAACUUGUUUCUUUCUAGACACAAGGAAAGUUACUCAAGAAAGAAUAUUGUACAUAUUCAUCCUUUCAAAUGUCCCUUCUGUGACCAGCCAAAUCUCAGGUCUUUACUCCUUUGUAAAGCUUGCCAUGUCACAAGAUUUUCUCAGUCAUACACUUGUGCCUGCAAACUGAUUUUGUUUGUAAUCAUUUUUAUCAAUAGUAAAACCCACUGUAUCUAUGCCUUUUUCUUCUUCUAUUACUACUUUCCAA